AUGAAAUUUGCGCUGCUUGGUUUUUAUGGGGGAGUGGCGACCCUGCCUGAAAUGAAGGGCGAUACACAAAUGAGCGAGUCAACUCGGGAGGAAGAUGCAGCAUCGGGUUACAUAGGUUCAUGGCUGGUUAAACUGUUGCUCCACCGCGGUUACACCGUCAAGGCUACUGUUCGUAACCUCAGCGAUCCAAGUAAAGUGGAGCAUUUGAAGGCACUUGAAGGAGCAGAAGAAAGACUUUAUUUGUGUGAAGCUAAUUUAGUGAAAGAAGGAUCAUUUGAUUCAGUGAUUGAUGGUUGCGAUGUUGUUUUCCACACUGCAUCUCCUGUUAUGCUUGACAAUGUCAAUGACCCUCAGGUGGAACUUAUAGAACCAGCAGUGAAAGGAACACUAAAUGUUCUUGGUUCAUGUGGCAAGGCACAGUCUGUGAAAAUAGUGGUCUUAACCUGUUCUAUGGUCACUAUUGCCUUCAAGAAACCCACCCCAAAACUCUAA